CAGAGAAGAAGUAAAAACGUAGGCAUUUAUUUUAUUACAAGCUUUAACGAAGUGUGUCUUGUUUGAAUUUAGGUGUGAAGCCGGUUUCUUUUUUAUUAAAAUUCAUAAAUAAAAUAGGCAUCAUAUUAAUUAUGUCUCGUUCAAAUUUUCGCAUUAAAGUCGAUUUAUCGAGAUAUUAUCAAGAUAUUCGACAAGUUUGUUGGAUGUUUAUUGAUGGAACGAAAAUUUUAUCAAUUUCUGAUAUGAAGAAACAUAUAAAUAAAUUAUUUAACAUUAGUGAACCUUAUCAUUUGUGUUUAAAUAAUACUGAAUAUUUACCACCUUCUGAAGAUGCUAGAAUAGUAAAAGAAAAUGAAACAAUUGUCGUUGUACCAGGUAGUGGUUUGGACAAUGAAGUAGAAUCUGUUGCGAAUGUUGUAUUAGCUUCUGUACAAGAUAAAAACAUUAGCAGUAAGAAAGAGAAUAUAACAUGCAAUCAUAAAGAAACGCAAUCAUUAGAAUGUGUUAAGGAAGUAACAACAGUUCCUACGAAAAAAAACGAACUUCUUCGAACUGAUGAGGUUUCUGACUUUAAAAAUGAUUUGUCAUCUAUGGAUGAUGCAACAUUCCAUAGCUUAAUAAAUGAUACAGAGGAUAAUUAUAGUACAGAUUCUAAAACAAUGAACAGUACUAUUAAAGAAGAUUAUUGUUACGUAGAGAAAGAAGAAACUUCUAACAGUAAACGUAAAAGAGUACGACAUAGAAAAGGAAAGAAAAAUAAAGACAUAUCAAGUGUAACAAAAGAUACCAAUGACGAUAACGUUAAAACAAAGAAACCUAAGGUAGUCGAUUCUCUUGUUUUGUCAUCGGGAAAGCAUAUAAGAUUUGAUACGACUGAAAUAAAUGAAAAUCUACAAAAUCAACAGUGUGUGAUAGAACCUACGUUAUCGAAACUCUUUGACUUGAGGAACAGUUCUACUCCUCUUACGUUUCAUAAUCAAAAAAUUAAAGAAGAAAUUAAUACGCAGAAAAAUAUAUCUAAUAUUGAAAAAGAUGAUACUAAUAUUUCUAAUGAAAAAGAAAACGAAUCGUUGAAUAAUAAUCUUGAAAAAAAUACAUCCAACAAAGAAAGUAAUGUCUAUAUUAAAAAUCAAACGUUUUCUGAUGUUGAACCUGAACAAUGUGUUCCUGUAAAAAUGCACGAAUUAGAAACUUUUGAUAUUAUUGGAUUCAAAAUGUUAACAAUUGGACCAGAUUACACUCCAGAAGUAUCUCAAAUGAUUGUAGCGCAGGUGAUUUCGUGUGAUCAAAUAUCUAGUUCAUUAACUCUGAAAAUAAUCAAAGGAUUAGAUCAAAUUUAUGAUGAUAAUGUCCCUGUGGGAAAGUUUAAUAUUUCCGAAGAAGAAACUAAUAAAAAAACACCGAUUAUUUUAAAUCUAAGCUAUUCUAAAAUGAUUGAUCUGUGUAUUAUAAAAAAACUAUCUUAUUAACACAA